AGGGAGUAGACCGAAGUCCGUACACUCGAUCCAACAUGGUUACAGCUCGGAGGAUGGAGUAAGGAUGAAUGCUGUUUUCUUGACCGCUUUAUUGUGGUCUUCGGCACCAGCCGGCGUCUUGACAGAGACCGAAACGGUCUUUGAUGAGGGAGGAGUUCCCAAAGCAAGGUCUAGACCGUGGCUCGAAGAUACGUACCAUCGAAGAAGAAUUCAAGCGCCCAUUUUAAUGCAAAAUAACGACUUUGUCAUCCACUCUGGCAACGUCUCGCAUCCCGUUAAGCGGGAAGUGUUCUCCCGUGGCUUCGUUCACACCGGAAACCUGCCAGAAGAAGAAUUGGGGAAAACCGCCUUGGACGACAAUAGAGAGGAAAUUGAUGACGUGGCCUUUCUGAGACAUGGUCCAGCGGUCGGCGUUUCCACCAACGCCUCGGAAGGGCGGAAGAAGGUCGAGUGUCCUUCGCCGUAUCCUGAGGGUGAAUUCACCAUCUUCGGGUUCUUCAGCUUCGCCAUCCUCCUGGUGCAGUUCAUAGUCAACGUCGUCGUCAGCAGCAAUAAUAACAACAACAAUAACAAUAAUAAUAAUAACAACGACAAUAACAAUAACAACAACAACAACCAGAACGAAGAGGUUAUACAGAACGAAAACAUCGUCACCAAUGAGCUGAUGGGAAUAGGGGUGGGCGGUCGUAGUUUAACGCCAUCGUUAAUGACGCCAUCACUGACGUCGUCGCCAUUAACUUCGAAAGCGCGUAGAGAAGCAAAGACAAAGGCAACUAAAAUCUACUCUUGCAAAAGCGGAGAGUCUGCGACGGAACUCAAAAGUGACUCUUCAAGAUUUUUGUCUCGUUUUCUUCAAAGAUGGUUUUGGUGCGUUGCUUGGGCGACGUGCAGUGUCCCAGAGGAAAAUUUGACGGCGACAGGGAAUCUCGAGUUUAUGGUUAAGAAAUUUUUUCAAUCAGUUUUGGGUUUACCAAUGUUUCUUUUAGCUGAUCAAAACUUCAAUGGUGGAAGUGCCAAAGAAAACGGAGGAAAUGAUAAAGAAAAUGGAGGAAAUUGCGAAGAAAAUGCGGGAAAUGACAGUGAAAGCAAUAACUUUAGUGAUGGUUUAAGUGAAAGUUGUCAAAUCCGUUUGGGGAAAUGCAUUAGAAGUAUGUUAAAAUUUGGAUUAAAUAUAUAAAAUUAAGAAAAAUAAUUUCCGUGUCUGUGUAACCUGCAUCUACGUAAUCAAAAUACCACAUAAGACUUACGAGGCAACCACAGUUUAUCAUACCUCGAAUAGACCAGACUAUAUUUUUUAGUUUUGAAUAUAUUUGUACGGUUACAACUAUGGGCAUGUUUCUUCAAACUGAACAGUUUAAAGAAAGAUCAAGAUUUGUUUUUAAAAAAUGAAAAAUAAGAGAAAGUAUCUUAAACUCACAGAAUGAUAUACUUUCCAUUUUAUUCAAUAUACCUCUAGUUCCCUUGGGUCAGAUUUCUUUCUGUCAAACACUAUUAUCACUUGUGAACCUGCCUUGUCACGUCAAUACUGAAGUAAUUUCCCACUUGCAUUGUAUUUAUUGUAUUUAUUAUACAUCACGUUCAUUAUGUUGGUCUACAAAGUCCCGUUCAAGGUUUUCUCUAGUUCACUAGAACGGAAUACAAAAUUUAGGCCAAAGGCCAAGCACUGGGACCUAUGAGGUCAUCAGCGUCGGAAUGGAAAUCGAGAGUGAAAAGAAUUGAACGGUGUAACAGGAGGAAAACCUCAAAGCAGUUGCAAUGUGGAGUGGAACAGUUGUUAGGAGAGAAGAGAGUAGAAAAGGAGGCGCAGUUAAGAGGAUGAAAAGGGUUGCAGCUAACUGCUUAAGGGACGCUGUGACUUAUGAGGUUUACUGACAGCGCUACCCCCUAUCGGUCGAUAUUGUUAAUUGCGAUAUAUACAUUAACCGCAGAUAAUCGAUUUUAAUAUGUAGAAACACGUAGAGUUUUGUUUAACAGAUUUGGCUAAAUUAAAUUGUAAAUGUCAUGAAACGUCACUUUGUGUGUGUUUUUAUUUUUAUUUAUCUGUUCAUUUAUUUUUAAAAAUUAGUUUAAGUGACGAAGUGAAGUAAAAAGAAUAAAUGUCAUUCUUUGUCCGUUCAACGUCUUCAGAACAUGAUGACCUUACAGCAAGGUUUUCCUGCUGAUACACUUUCGAAACCUUUUACUCUCAAUUUCACUUUCAUCUCUGAAUGACCUCAUGGAUCCCAGCGCCUGGCCUUUUGCCUGAAUUUCAUAAUUCGUUUCCAAGAUUGUAUUAAACAUAAUGUGAACAUAGCCUCGCAGAACAAUAAAUAAGGGACAGAACAUAUAUAUCUAAAUAAUUGCCGUGUACUACCAGGCUAACCCUAUUAGGCCGAGUUCGGGCCGUUUCGGCCGUAAGCACCCAAGUGGGCGCCGUUUUUAGUACUAGUCCUUCGGGGAUGUACGUAAAACAUAAAAUAAUGACGGUAAAUACCAUAAACAAACGUCUUACGUUGGCUAGGCCGAAGUCGUUUGCCAGAUUGGAUGUUACGGCCUAAAUGACUCACAACCGACACGACCAGGGCCGAUUAGAGUCAUUAGACCACUCCUAAUAAUGGUUUAUUUUCUUCAGUGAGGCAAAAAAUCAGGUUUUCCUAAAUUUGCUAGAAUUUCAAUUUACUGGCUCCUGUGGGAUUGUUCCUUGUGAAUUUGGUUCAUCUUCUGAAUAAUAAUGUAGGCCUAACAUCUUGCAUCUGAUGUGCAAUAUCGGCCUAAAUCAUACUACGAAUACGGGGCCAACAUUUGAAUAAUAAAAUACGCCAAGGAAGAUACGAAAAAGAACAAAAUACUUAAGUCGCACAGGCCUAUUGAUGACUAAACUUAAGGUAUCCUACUGACACCAGGAUUCCUUCCCUCAGCAUUAAAUAACUUGAUAAGGAACCGCGUCAGGCUAGGGUUGCCAGAUUUCAAGAUAAGCAAUCCGGGACAUUCUUAAAAUCUCUCUAAUACAUAGACAUCCCCAGAUAAACAUCAUAUAAAUAGAUACAGACGCAGUGAAAAACAUCAAGCAAAUAUUUUAAUAGGAUAUAAAGAAAAAAAAUUUGUUAAACUAAUAUUUAAUGCAAAUUACAAUAAAGAAACUGAAGAAACGGAAACUAAUCCAGAAAAUUUGUAAUCAUUACAAAUAAUUAAGAUACCAAAGUAUCUUUUUCAUAUGAAAACUGAAGAUAAAUGAAAAUAAGAAAAUUGUAUGCACAGAAAUAAUGAAAAUUGAACUUUUUAUUUUAUUUGUAUUUCUCAGAUGAUUUUGCUUUCUUUAGAAGUUCCAUAUUUCCUAAUACCUGCCAGUAAAAUUCUUUGCAUUGACAAUUUAUGUUCCACUUACACUGUAAAAUAGCCUCUAUAGUUGUCACAUCCAAUUUAUUCCUCUCGUCAGUCCACUGAGCACUCAUCAUAGAAAAGACACGCUCAACAUUUGCAUUAUG